AUGCUUUGUGUUGUGCCUGUUCAUGCUGGUUCCAGGACAUUUGCCGUUCACGAUUACGGGGGAAAAGAAAGGAACAAAAUAACGGGUAAACUUUUGAAUCCUCAUGUCUAUGUUCUCGAUCCACAAAUUGUUAUCCAGCAGAACGUGAAUCAGAAAGGAUUGGUUGCUAUGGAAGGAAAGCUCACAAAACCUUUUACAGAUGACCAUAUAAAAUUAUCUAUCAAGUAUCAGGAUGCCCAGGGAAAUUGGGCGACAGGAUGGUGUAAAACACUUUAUUCUUACAAUCAAUAUAACGAAAAUGUAAGAGCCGCAUUCGAGUUACCUGAAUCUGCAUUGAGCUCUUGCAAUGUAAAGAUCGAAUUAGAUUCUGAGACGAACCUUUCCACAUUUAGCAGUGUUUCUUGGGACAAAACGAUCAGCCAUUACAAAUUAGGUGACUACAUCGCUACCAAUUGUGAUCUGGACGAAAAUGAAUAUACAAUCCUUUUAACACCGAAAAAGAAUGGCACUUUGAUCAUAGACGCUAAUGGAAAAGUCACAGGAGUAAAAGACAGGGUGACAACCGCUCAUUCCUGGAGCAGACUGAAUAUUGGAUAUUCAUUGGAUAAUAAAAAGAAUGAUGUAGUCUUCUCACCUAAAACCCCGGCGGCAUUGUUUACUGACACCAAUGGUGCCAUAUCCAUUAAAAUGGUCAAUCAGGGAGCUGUUAAUGACACUUUGGGUUCUACCCCUGAAUUUAUUUAUAAUGUAGGUCCGGGACAUCCAAUUCCGUAUUUAUACAGUUAUGCCGAUCCAGUGUAUAUGUUCGCGGGCAAAUUUUCAGUGAACGGGUUUUUCAUAAAAUUCAGCCAGUGGCCUGGUGAGCCAAACGGUCCCGGAUAUCAUAACUUUAAAAAUCCUAACAGGCUCCAGAGCAGAUAUUUCAAUUUAUAUAACAGUAUAAAUGAAAAAUUAUCAGACUUUAUCAGCGAUCAAGAACCUGUAGUAUUCGUAUCCAGUAUGACCACAGGCUUCAGGGUUUAUAAAAGCGACGGAACUUUUAUAAACCUUACAGGUUAUAGCAACUACGGUGCGUUAUAUUUUGGAUUUACUAAUGAUCAUGGAGGUGGUCGUAGAGGACCUGGAUCUGAAAACUUUAUCAUUUCAAAUACUGCUGAAAUGACAUUAUAUGGUAUGGGUACAUUACGAAAUAACUUUGUGAGUUUUACUCCGGCAUACCUACCUGUCCGAUCAAUGCAGGAUAUUGAAAAAGAAAUCUCUAAGUUCAUCAGAUAUACCGGCAUCUUCGGAAAUAGCAUUGCCUAUGAUGACACUUCAGAAUGUGCCGCAGGAUGUUUUGCAGCAAAUCCUGGAGCCGUUCCAGAUUACGUUGUAGUAGAUUGGACAAAAGCACCGAACACCUAUAUUUUCACAGGGAAAGAUAAACACGGCAGCGAAGUUGACGGUCUUUACAUUCCUGUAAAAAAAGCCUAUGAAAUGUGGUCUAAAGGAGGUGAGUUCAUGAAAGAUGAUCAUGGAAAUUACACUCCAAUUCCAUCAGGAACAGCUAAAGCAGGAUUAUAUUGGGAAGACGAGCCAGGACUAAUUAAAUCUGUCGCUUUACAAGGAACAGGUGAAAAUGCUAAAAUUAAAGUUUUAGUUAAUAAGCUUAAAGAAGGAAACGCAGUAGUUUCAUAUAGAGUAAACGAUACAGUUUAUUGGACAUGGCACGUUUGGAUAACAGAUGACCCAACUACAAACGGAAGCACCUAUCAUCUUGGUUUCGAAAAAGAUAAAAACGGACUCCCUGUCACAGAUUGGAAAUGGAUGGACAGAAACCUUGGGGCAACAAGCGCGAACUUCCUGGGUAAUGAUUGGCAUAAAUCUCAGGGAUUGCAAUACCAAUGGGGAAGAAAAGACCCUUUUCCUGCUCUUGCACACAAAGAUGGCACAAUGUAUGAGAUUUCAGGAGAAGUUGGAAACAUGAGAAAUGUAGGAGCCGUUUAUACCACAGGAUCUACUUCCGUAUUGCCUGUAAAAUACAGAGGAAACUUAUAUCCGCAAGACAAUACAGGAUUUGAUACGCCAAAUGGAAAUAUUCGUUAUUCUGUUCAAAAUCCAAUUCACAUGAUCAUUCCGCCGCUUUAUGUUAAAAAAUAUAAUGAGACGGUGAAUAAUAAUGAAGAAGAUAUGUUUGUUCAAAACAGUGGCAAUGUAUGGUAUCACCAAAGACGUACGACAUGGUUCUCUAAACAGAAAUACAGAAACGAAUUCAGCACAGAUGCUUCAAAAAAUGUUGCCUGGGAUCUUUGGGGAGAUACACGAGGAGGCAAAAUAAGUGACUUAAAUUACCCUGCAUUAGCAGAAGAAAGUAAGCGUUACGCAAUGAAAUCACCUUAUGACCCUUGUCCAUGCAACUGGAGAACUCCAUCAUAUUAUGACAAUAUCGGCAGCCCUAAUAAUGACAAUAAUGCUUCGCCUUGGGGAAGAAUCGGCGGGGCUAAUGAUGUAGAUACUUUCACAUCUAAUCCGGCAACUUCAAGUACUAGAUUCCCAGGAAUAAAGAUAUAUCCUGGAUUGGGUUACGAUUUUACAGGAGUUUCUGGCCGUAACUUAGGGCUGAUUCCUAUCAAUGGAAACUAUGAAUAUUACCCUAAUUAUGUAACUAUUAAUAGGGUAACAACAUCCGGAUUAGUUACACCUAAGAUCGUAUAUCAGGAUGGUUCAUCAGACGGCGCCUUGGGCUCAUCUACGUUCUCAGUGGGAGCAUCCGGAAGCGGGCCGUGGUAUGGACCGAGAGGACUUGGUUAUAUUUCAGAUCCUGGAAACGUAAAAGAAACAGCAAAUAAUUUCGGAUGGUACACAAUGAAUUCCGUUUCUCAUGAUGGCAAUACUCAUGAAACAGCUGGGAUAAGAUGUAUUAAGGAUCCUAAUAACGCUUAUAUGCCUGCUGUUUUUGAAACGCAAUUCAUCAGCACACCAAAUGAAGAAUAUUCAUUAGCAACUUUGAAAAGCUGGGCAAAAGAUCCGAACAGCUAUGUAGAAUAUACUAACAGCUCAAUGGCAGCAGCAAGUCCGGCAGAUAAAGACCGCGUUAUUGAUAUUCCUUUACGUAAGGCGUAUGCAAUGUAUAAAUUACAUCUAAGUACAACAGAGGAAUAUCCACAGGGAAGUGUCAAAUCAAGCUCUGUAGUAUGGACUACCAAUACAGGUUUGAUCCAGAACAUGGAAAUAAUCGAUGGAACUAAGGAAAUGGCUAAACUUAGAGUUACUUUAAAUGAAAAUCAAUACGGUAAUGCUGUGGUAGCUUUCCACUUAGGAAACUCCGGUCAGUGGGCAAAUGGAAAAAUGCAAGAUCCUAUUAUCUGGAGCUGGCAUGUCUGGGCUCCUGAAACAAUAGUUGGUUCAUUAGAUUACGAAACGGAAACCUCAGCAAACGGAGGCAUUGUAAAUGUUUUCAAUUCAGCAUUUGUAAAUCCUGUGAGAAGUAUUGGAGCUCCGUUGAAAACCACCUUUAUGGACAGAGAUCUGGGAGCUUUAAUGAUGUUCCCAGAAGAAGCUUAUGCAGGUGGUGCAUCAUAUAUUUACAGCUUCAUCCCUCAAAUCAGUAAAAGUGGAGGGCUACAUUUCCAAUGGGGAAGAAAGGAUCCUCUCCCUGUUUUCUUCAAUGCUGGAGGCCAUUAUGAUUUUGGAACAGCCGUAGGCACCCAAGGAAGCAUUUAUAAAAACUUGAACAAAUAUACAAUCCGUAUGCAAAACGGACCCAUCAGUAAUGGGGUAAUUCCUUAUUCAGGAGCUAUUGACAACACUAAUUAUAUGACCAAUUACUCUAAAGAAUUUUCAACAGAUUAUUCUUCAGUGUUUUCAUCUACAGAUUCUAAGAAGGAUAAAAUUAAGAAAGUAUUGAUGUAUUCUAUAAACAAUCCGCUAUACUUCUUAUACCAAAAUCCUUCUACGGAAACAAACCAGUUUAAAAAAGUCCGAGAUUGGGUAUCUGAUGAAAAUGGCCAGUUUACAGACAGAUGGGGACACGGUACAGAAAAAUCACCUUUUGACCCAUGUCCUGAAGGAUGGAGAAUACCUGAUGCUUUCUAUGCAAGCAUGCACAGUACGCUGCCUCCGUUAAGCAAUUUCUAUUCUUACUGGCCAUUAUCUCACGGAAGCAAUCCUUGGUAUUAUAAUGGUUACCAGGCUUCAGGUACAGGACAAUACGGAUUAGCACCUUCAAGUGUACACCAUGCUAAAAGAGAUGCUUAUUCACCUGCAAAUAAAUUCUAUCCGGGAAGCAGAUCUGCAAUUUCUAACUAUCCUGCCACCAGAUUUGGGUUUGUUUUCAACAAUAGUAGAUAUAAAAUUGGCAGUUAUCCAAAUAACGGGAUUCGAGGCUUUCAAGGAGGGAAAGAUCUAACCAUGACUACAGCUGACGGACCUCUGAGAUUAAGAUUUAAUAUCUCAGGGGUUUGGACAGCUUCACCUACUGACGUUUAUUCAGGGACAGCUAUUGGACUGCAUUUCAAUAUAGAAUCCUCAGCCGAGUUCAAUAUGCAGACAGGAUAUCCUUAUUAUCCACAAGCAGCAAUGUCUUGCCGUUGUGCAAAAAUCAAGUACGAUGGCAACGGAGAUGAAAUUGGAAGAUACGAAUCAACAGCUAUUGAAGUUCCAAAAAAUGCAACUACAAAACCAUAA